CAACUAAAAGGGUGCACUCUGCAAUUUCAAUGGCACCGCAUUAACACCAUUUCAGUCUUGUUUGUCGGUCACUGUCAGAAAUAAUCACCUUCAUCUGCCAUUCAAAUGAACUUCAAACAUGCACAAACAAAACCACGUUUCUCAAUUGGAAACAUAUCUUUGUCUACUUUCCUCUUUCUGCAUCUUCCAACAUUUUCUUCUUUCGAAAAAAAACCAAAAAAAUCUACUGUCUGAUACUCAUAAAUUCCCAACCAAGCAAAGAAUCUAGUAUACAAACUUGUAGGGUCUUCACAGAUUCUUGGAAUGUUUCAAACUUUCCGGAUAAGGGUAAUCAUUGUUCUGCUGAUUGAAAUCUAAGGACUAGCAUUUGGAGAAUCUAGAAAGCAUUCCAACUUGUCAUGGAAGAAGAACAAGAAGGAGUGGUAGACAAGAAAAGGACAAAGAACGAGGUUGUUCUCCGCAUUUCGGACACCGAAGAUGCAGCUUUGUAUGCUCGUAGAGAAUCUAGAGGGUCUCCAGUUGCUGAAAGCACUUCUUCUUACUCUCCUCAGCUCAAUACCCAGAUGGGUACUUCACCAACAAAAGGGUUCAGAGAUUCUCAAGUUGAGCUUGAGAAUCUCAGAAGCAGGGGUCAAGUUUCCACUGAGUUGGUGACAACCACACGCAGCUUUUUGGGUCGGUCGGAGUUUUCGAAACCAAAGUCCAGAAUGGUGGAACCACCAUGUCCCAGAGAUGUGAGCUUUGUGGAAGAGAAGACUCAGAUUAUUAAGAGUUCCAAUUCAUCUGUAAGGAGUUCUCCUAACAAGAAGGUUUCAGGUACUUCUCCAAGGGAUGUUGCUGAUGGAACUGUUGUCACUCCAAGAACUCCAUUGAUUGGGACUCCAAGGGAAGAAGAGGAAGAUGAUGAUGAAGAAGUGUACAAGAUUGCACAUGUUGAAGUGAGUAAGAGAACUGGUAAGAAAUGGAAACUUAUGGCCUGCACUGAGUUAUCUGUUUUUGUUUGCAUUCUGGGAUUUUUUAUUGCAAGCUUGUUGGUCCAUAAGUUGCAACAUAAGCAAAUUUGGGGUUUGGAGCUCUGGAAAUUGUGUGUGUUGGCUUUGGUUGUCAUCUGUGGUAGACUGGUUACUGAGUGGUUUAUGAAUGUUCUGGUUUUCUUGAUGGAAAGGAACUUCUUGUUUAAGAAGAAAGUUUUGUACUUUGUUUAUGGUGUGAAGAAGAGUGUUCAGGCCUUUUUAUGGUUAAGUUUGGUUCUUUUGGCAUGGGGUCUACUCUUGGAACAUGGAGUCAAGAGAACCAGAAAAGUUAAAAGGAUUCUUAAUUAUAUUACUAGGGCCCUUGCCUCUGGUCUUAUUGGAGCAGCUAUAUGGUUAGCAAAAACAUUUUUGAUAAAGCUGUUAUCUUCAAAAUUCCAAUCUACUAGGUUUUUUGACAGGGUACAAGAAUCAAUCUUUCACCAAUACAUUCUCAGGACUCUUUCUGGGCCACCUUUGAUGGAGAUGGCUGAAACAGUAGGCAAGAGUUCAAGUAGUGGCAGACUCAGUUUUAAGACCAUGGUUAGAGAGAAUAAGAAUGAAGGGAAGAAAGAACAAGUCAUUGAUGUAGAUAGGCUCAAGAAAAUGAAACAAGAGAAAGUUUCUGCUUGGACCAUGAAAGGAUUGAUUAAUGUGAUCAGGAGCUCUGGGCUGUCUACCAUCUCCUAUACACCAGGGAGUGUUGAUGAAGAUGAGAGUGACCAGAUAGAUAAUGAAAUUACAAGUGAGUGGGAAGCGAAGGCUGCUGCUUAUCGAAUCUUCAAGAAUGUAGCCAAGCCAGGAAACAAGUACAUUGAGAAGGAAGACCUCUUGCGCUUCAUGAAAAUUGAAGAAGUGGAAAGUGUUCUUCCCCUAUUUGAAGGGGCAGUUGAGACUGGAAGAAUUAAGAGGAAGUCUCUAAAGAACUGGCUGGUGAAAGUCUACUUUGAACGCAGAUCAUUGGUACAUUCACUAAAUGAUACCAAUACAGCCGUUGAUGACUUGAAUAAGCUUGCUUCUGUAGUUGUCCUUGUUGUGAUCCUUAUUGUGUGGUUACUUCUAAUGGGAUUCUUAACAACCCAAGUUCUUGUCUUCAUUUCCUCCCAGCUUUUACUUGUGGUGUUUAUUUUUGGCAACACAGCUAAGACUGUAUUUGAAGCUAUUAUAUUUGUUUUUGUGAUGCACCCGUAUGAUGUUGGUGAUCGCUGUGUCAUUGAUGGUGUUCAGAUGAUUGUAGAAGAGAUGAACAUACUGUCAACAGUCUUUUUGAGAUAUGACAAUGAAAAGAUAUUUUACCCAAAUUCAGUUUUGUCAACCAAGCCAAUCAGUAACUUCUACAGGAGUCCAGAAAUGAGUGAUUCGGUCGAAUUUGCUGUUGAUGUUUCAACUUCAAUAGAAAAGAUUGGAGCUUUAAAGGCUAAGUUAAAAGCAUACUUGGAUAGUAAGCCUCAACACUGGCGUCCGAACCACAGUGUAAUUGUUAAGGAUAUUGAGAACGUAAACAAGAUGAAAAUGGGUCUAUAUGUUACUCACACCAUCAAUUUUCAGAAUUAUGGGGAUAAGAACAGCCGAAGAUCUGAUUUAGUCCUGGAGUUAAAGAAAAGUCUUGAAGAUCUCAGUAUUAAAUAUCAUCUGCUGCCACAAGAGGUUCAUCUCAGUAAAGUAAAAUCCGAAGACUCAAUGGUGCGAAUAGAAAGAGCUUCAAGAUGAAGAGUUCAAGGAUGACCUUUCAUCAUGGUUCAUCUCAGUUAUGCAGCAUUAGUCCUUGACUCAUAGUUUCUCCCAAUAUCAUUCCAGUAUUGAAUUGUGAAAAUUUGAGAUCAAAGAUGGUGUGACUAACUAAUGAUGUGGUUAUUUGGAUACCGGUUGAAUGCAACAUGAACGGAGUUUCAUCACAUUAAAUAAGAAGAGUUCUGUUCAAUUUUUAUCUUGAACUGAGUGCUAAUGUCCGUCUGAAGUGGUGCAAACGGGUAAACAUAGCCGAGUUGCAAGAAAAAAAGUGCAUCUAGUUUAUGCACUCAUUGUGCUUUUGUUUUAAGUUAAUGAGCUCAUAGGGGCCAAGAAAAAUGGAGUUUAAUGGCAUUGUUUAGUAAUGAGGACUGCAUCAUGAGGUUCCUUUGUUUACUUUCUUAAAUGAACAAAAUUUGUGUCAUUCUUUUUGUACUCUUGUAAAAUCAGCAGGUCUCAACUUGCAAAUUGCAUAAAGAAUGCUAGUUGCCAAAUAAUAAAGAAAAGGGCAUUAAAAAAAAAAA